AUGGGGAAGGGGAAACGAAAGCUUCCGAUGGAAUUGAUAGGGAAGAAAGAGAAUAGGAUGGUGAGUUUCUCAAAGAGGCGUAAGGGUUUGAUCAAGAAAGCCGAAGAAUUCCACUCCCUCACCGGCUCCUCCAUCGCCCUCAUCGUCAUCUCUGAGGCUGGUCGACCCUCCGUCUAUGGCGCUCCCUCUUUUGAUUCUCUUCUUCAUCGCUUUCAAUUACAACGCAAUAAUGGAAUUUUAUUAUUAACCGACUCACAUACCCACACCGCUCCUGAAACCCUCCUCAUCGGUGAUCAGGGCGGUUCCGAUCAAGAAAUUAACGCCGACUUUCUUGGCACCCACGCUUACCCUGACAACAAUGUGGUGAUGGAUCAGGGUGGUUCCAAAUGUGAAGACUGCACUACCGCUACCACCAGUACCCCCCCUGAGACCACCCACGUGGCGGCCUCCGAACCAUGGCGGACUUGGGUGGAUCAAAAAAUUAGAGCUUGUCAAAGUAUUGACGACACGGUGGCUUUGAAGCACCACUUCUCUCACCUUAAACACGCUGUAGAUUCUCGAAUUGUCCAUUCCUACUUGAAUACCCUUGAAAACUUUCUUGUUUUCGAUCUUUGA